AUGCGUUGGUGGCCAUGGUCAAAUCAGACACAGCAUGAGCAGCAGCAGCAGCAGCAGCAGCAGCAAGACAGACCGGAAGGAGAACCCGUACUGACGAACUACUCGCGGGGCCAGAAGAUUCUACUGGAGGAUACUCCGCCCAAGUUCACCAAUGACCUAUCCAACUCCCAGUUGGCCAAGAAACAAGAACGGGCCACGUUAAAGGAGGCCUGGGACUCAGUCAGGUGGGGCGACUUCUCUUUAGAGAGGCUGACGUCGAUCCCGUGCUUUAGAGAUGCGGGCAUGCUCGGGUUUUCCAGUAUGUUUUUGAUGGGGUCUGUCAUAUUCAUAUAUCAUAAAAGCCCCACAAAAGCCACGAACUGGGCCAUGAGCUCUCUGAUACUGGGAUCAAUUGUCGGGUGGGAGCAGUGUAGGUUGAAGAGACAAAAAAGCUUCCAGAUUGCCCAGUUGGCAAAGGAAACCGUGGCGAAAAAGGAAAGACCAAUGAUGCAUAACGUGGUGCAUGACCCAGCUUUGCCAGAACAAUGGGAGGUUGCCAAGAAUGAAAAGCAGGCCCAGUUCCAGCAAAGCAACCAGCGCCUAUCGCAGGGCUCUUCUGAUAAGAAAUGGUAUAAAUUCUGGUGA